AGGGAGGAACUAGGGAACCGCCCAUCCCCAAUAUAUUUUUCUGCAUCCGAACCUCUUGGCUCCUACACGGCACUUGAUCCCCAAGAUUGCGGUGGGAAUCCCCGGAUCGUGACCCGCGAGGAAUGGGGUGCCCGCCCCCCCUCCUCCUCGUCCUCCAUGCCCACCCCCGUCCCCUUUGUCAUCAUCCACCACACCGUCACCUCCCAUUGCUUCACCGUGGAGGCGUGCAUCCCCGUGGUGCGGCAGAUUCAGAACUAUCACAUGGACACCAACGGAUGGGAGGACAUCGGAUACAGGCAAGGAAACUCCAUUUCCAAUCCGCGCGGCAACUGCCACUUCCUGGUCGGAGAAGACGGGAACGUGUACGAGGGGAGAGGAUGGGACAAGGUCGGGACUCACACGCCCGGCUUCAACAGCCGAGGCAUUGCCAUCUCCGUCAUGGGGAACUUCAUGGAGGUGCUCCCGAACUCGGCGGCCCUGACCGCGAUCGAGCGUCUGAUCGAGUGCGGGACCGGACUCGGGAUGAUCCUCGGCGAUUAUUCCCUGAUGGGACACAGGCAGGCCAGCGACACUCUCUGCCCCGGGGAUUUCCUCUUCGACGAGAUCGAGACGUGGGGUCACUUCGACCCUUCGCCUGAGGAGCGCGGUCGGGCUGGGUUCGAGGAA